UCCUCAGGUUCCCGGGGCCCCGAAUAAAGCACCGCAUAAACCGGCACUCUGUUGGUUUGUGUUUCUUCUGGUUACGGGCAACAGUUUUCUGGCGACCCAGACUGGGGACUCCGGGGGUAGCUGGGGCGGCUCACGCGCUGAUCUACUCCACGCCGGCAACCAGGUGAUUUCUGGGGAGACAUCGACCCGUGCCCGACCCCGCGCCCGCCGGACAACCCAUCCAGACUCUCACAGCCCUCAGAGGAGCGUUGCAGUGGAAUCGACCUUUGCCCCUGGAGAAUCCAGUGCAUGACAUUUCUCCGGGAGAUCAUGUCUACGUGAGAAACUGGUCGGUGGAGCCGCUGAAAGAAACAUGGGACGGUCCUCGCCAGGUGAUCAUGACGACCUACACGGCAGUGAAAGUCGAAGGAAUCGACAGCUGGAUCCAUUAUACUCGGGUCAAGAAGGUUCCAGUUUCGUGGUCGGUAGAACCUCUCUCACCCACAAGAAUGGUAUUUCGAGCCAACCAUUGAGGAUCAUAGUGUUCCUGGGGUUGAUAAGUUUAGCAGAAACCACCGUGAGAAUUGAGACCCCGGAUCCUUAUUUAUUUGUACCAGAACACACUGAUGUAAACUUAACUUGUCUAUUUUCAGAUGACCAGGGAGCUGAAUUAAGAGAUGUCCAUGUCAAGUGGAGAUGGAGAGAUCAAGACCAAAUCAUGACAGAAGGAGUGACAACAGUUUGGGAUGCUACACAACAAAAAGGUUACACCGUUCUGCAGGUACCCAAAGUGUACAAAGCUAUGGAAGGGACAUAUAUGUGUGUAGUUUGGAUUUGGGAAAGUUUUGAUUAUGGACAUAUAGAAAUACAAACAAUAAACACGACUCAGAAGACGGUGACCAAAGUGCGAGUUUUACCCACUAGGAAACAAUCAGACAUGUGGGAUGGUCCUCCUUUAAAAAUCAAUUGUACCUUCCAAUUUGAUGAUUGUCGAAAAUCAGUUAAAGUAAAGUGGUGGAAAUUAAAUGUGGCAAAUCAAUCUUGGGAAUCACAAAGUCAAGGAGUUAGCUGGUGGUCAAAUAGUAAGGGAGGCAAAGGGUGGCUGAAUAUUUCUAAUCCCAGAGUAGGAAAGACAGAAGGUACAUUUCUUUGUGUAGUCUCAUGUGGAGAAGAAAAAGAUCACGGGAUAAGGACAGCAGUAGCCGUACCACAUCAAGGAAUAAGAGUUAGACCAGAACAUAGUGUUUAUUCGGCCCAGGAAGGAAGAGAUCUGAUUCUAAGCUGCAAAAUUCCAGAAGGACAGUAUUUUGAAUAUGGGUGGUGGUUUAAGGGACAGAACUUGAAAGUUGGAAAAAGACAUCAGAUUGAGAAGAGAGCAGAUACAAUAGUUUUGAAAAUCAAAGAAAUUCAAAGAAGAGAAGAUGAGGGCCAGUAUACUUGCUGGAUAAGUAGAGAUGACUGGUGGGAGACUGGAAUUACUGUCGUCCACGUAAGGACUGAAAGAAUAACCCGACAAGUAAGUAACCUGCAGAUUCCAGAUAGAGAAGUAGAACAAGAAAACCUAGUUGUAGGCUUAAUUCGUGAUUUUGGGAAAGCACAGAAUGUCACAAAAAUCACUGCAUGUCUCCCUAUGCCUCAUGCUGCAGGAGACCCAAUCCCAUGGGGAAUAAUUCCAGUACCGGAAAUCCCUAGAAUGUUUAAGAAUACUACAUGGAAUUGCAGAUUUGUAACUAGAACAUGGAAUGAAAUGACAGAUGCAUGUUUAUUGAGAGACAAAGUGACUAAAAAACAAUGUGAACAGAUGCCUGGAUAUUUUCGCUGGGUAGAAAGUGAGAAAAUUGGAAAGUUAGAAGGAAAUUGUUUGAUCUCAGGUUCAGUAACAUACCCAUGUUUUAAAGUACAAGUUCGAAUAAAACGAGAAAAGCAAGAAGAAGUGUGUCAAAAUACUACAAGUUCUACAACCAUGGAGGAAUGGCAAACAAUUUGGGGACCCAGCUUACUAGAGACAUAUAGUUACAUUGGAAAAGUACAGUGGUGCAUUCACUGGAAAGGGAAAAAGAAUCAAACUUAUUCUAUAGGAAAUAGAGGGAAUCAUAAUUGGAGGACAGAAACACGUACAAAAGAGGAUUGGAAUUGUACUCGAAUAUACACAUGUGAUACCCCAGACGAUGAGAUAGGUUUAACGCCAGUCAAAACACUCUUGCAGUUGGGAUGUGAAUGUCGGGGAUAUAAUCAUACGAUUAAAGGAUCUGUGAAUAACAUUGAUUGCCGUACCACUACAGUUAGGAGCCCAGGAAAUUUGGUAUGGGUAAUGGGACAUGGCCAGUGGACCACCCACAUACCCAUAAAUGGUCCGGUUGUACCUGUCACACUAGGGAUACCUACUCUCUGUCCAUUCUGGAAGCAAAAUAAGUUAACAUCAAUGGAAAUACAACCACGGAGGAAAAGAGAAGUUAGUAAAGAUAUUGAUGACCUGAGGUUGGGAGAUUGGCAUGAACCAUCAGCAGGAGUUAAAUUUGGAUGGGCAUUAGAGUCUCUAUUCGCACCAAUCUCAACAUACCGGAACAGAGAAAUGUUGUUUAAAUUAAUGGGACAAACUGAAAGGUUAGCAGCAGUCACUAAGAAGGGAUUUAAAGAUCUAAAUUUACAAUUACAAGCCACCUCUAGAAUGACCAUACAAAACCGCAUGGCAUUAGAUUUAAUAUUACUUAAGGAACAUGGAGUUUGCGGCUACCUGCAUGCAAAGGACGAGCAUUGUUGUGUACACAUCCCAAAUGUCACUCAAGAAGUAGAAAAAGAUAUUAGCCAAUUAGAACAAAUUGACGAGAAUGUUCAUGAACUGCAAAAAGAAGCAGAACAUAAUUGGAUAGGGCAAUUAUUCAGCUCCCUAGGUCUUCAUGUGUCAGGAUGGAUAUCUUCUGUUAUCCAGUACGGAAUAUUAAUUGUAAUAAUUAUUGUCAUAGCCAUAACUGUUUACAAGUGUCUUUUAGGAAUGAUUGUAAAAGAAGGUCAACAUACGAGACGCAUCAUGAAAGCUAUUACAAGGAAAGAAAUAAUCUCACCGCAAAAUGAAUCACCUCCUACCUACCAAGAAACUACAGCCUGAAGAUUGCUGUAUUUGAGCAUCCUUGCAAGCAAAGCCUGAAGAAUGCUCAAAAGGGGGGACAUGUUGCACAGCAAUUUAAAUUAGUAGUAGAAUGGCUAAGGCUUAGUAGAAGAGUAGGCCUAGAAAGCAACUUUGUUUGUGUGUGAAGUGGAAACCAUAAUCAAAGGAUCUAGUCAGGCAUGUAUGCAACGAUUUGUUACCUAGGAUGUGGUUAAGGUCUGUUAAACAGUUUCUAGGGAUAAGACAACUUAAGCAGAUUUAUGAUU